GCAACACCAUUGACAAAAUUAUUUGUUUCGAUGAUGUGUUCUUUUGUUUGUAAAGAAGGUAAAGUAUGUAAUACUGCUCAUAGUGAGAACCUGAGAAUGUGUUGAAGCAGACGGUUGUCAUGAAAAGUAUUGACGUCUUUUAGUUUUGCUGUUUACUUCUGUUUAUAGAAUUUUUUUCUAUAGAAAACGUACACGUGGGGAAGACUUUUGCACAAUAUUGUAUAUUAUCAUGGUUUGCAUGAAGUACGUUAAUUCACAGAAAAUUCCGUCCUGCUUAUGAUUGUUUGCACCUCUUUUUGUCAAUAUCAUGGAUAUGAACACUUUUAGACCUCUCGUAAUGGAAUCAGAAGAUGUCAAACACGGCCCUUUCAGAGAAACGGCACAUGCUCCGGCUCCUGCUGGCUCACAGCUAUGUGAGGACAUGCAGACUUGUACAACUUCUGCUGGUGGGACAUUAAACUCUGGGGGAUGUGUCACCAUCAUGGACCAACAGAAGGUUGUAAAGAAGGAGGAACCUGAAGAUGAAGGCUACCUCUGUAAGACAGCAGGAUGCAGUAGAGUCUGCUAUGGAGAAAUAUCUGAGAAAAAUGUCAGCCCUGUUGACCAAUCAGAUGAAGAAUUAAUGAAGACUGUAAAAGAAGAGGAAGAACCUGAAGAAGAUGACUAUCUCUGUGAAGGAACACCGUCUGUGAGACGGGUCAUCAUUGUGGACGAAGACAAUGAAGUGUUUCAGAAGAAGUCUAUAAAAGAGGAGGAACCUGAAGAUGAUGACUAUCUCUACUGUGAGGAUUGCAGAUCCUUCUACAUCAGUGAGUGUGAGGUUCACGGCCCAGCUCUCUUCAUCCAUGAUACUCUUGUUCCCAUGGGGGUCGUUGACCGAGCCAGACAAACCCUUCCACUCGGUCUAGAGAUUCUGAAGUCUAGUAUUUCUGACUCAGGCCUGGGAGUGUUUAAUAAGGGUGAGACUCUUCCAGUUGGUGUACACUUUGGACCCUACCAGGGAGAUCUGGUAGACCGAGAGGAAGCCAUGAACAGUGUCUACUCUUGGGUGAUAUACAAGAGCAUACAGUGUGAGGAAUACGUAGAUGCCACGAGAGAGACACAUGCUAACUGGAUGAGGUAUGUGAAUUGUGCUCGUAGCAGUGAGGAGAAGAAUCUCAUGGCAUUCCAGUAUCAAGGAGGGAUUCUAUACCGUUGUUGUCAACCCAUCGAACCAGGGCAGGAGCUCUUGGUGUGGUACGAGGAGGAGUACGCCAAACAUCUCGGUGUUACAUUCGACUACCUAUGGAACAAAAAGUCAAUAAAUGAAAUGAAGAGCUUCCCGUUGCAAGUCUUCUCCUGUUCAUUGUGUUCCUUAUCCUACACGUCUCAAAUUUACCUCCACAAACACAUCAAAAGAUGCCAUUAUGAAGAAUAUGUGAGACUCCUGAAAAGUGGAGUGAUUAAACUUAAUAAUCAGAUGUCUGCAAACAGCUCCAGCAGCCCGCAAAUGUCCUCUGGUACUCUCCACACGAAGUCUGGAGGAGUGCAGAAAGAAAUCUAUCACUGCUCAGACUGUGGGAAAAGUUUUACUCAUCCGAGUUAUCUCCUACAACACCAGCACGUUCAUACAAGAGAGAGGCCCUAUCACUGCUCGGAGUGUGGGAAGAGUUUUACAAGACCCGUUAAUCUCCAAAUACAUCAGCGCAUCCACACGGGGGAGAAACUGUAUCACUGCUCACAGUGUGGAAAGGAUUUUACUCGACAAAAUCAUUUCCAGUUGCACCAGCACAUGCACACGGGGGAGAAGCCGUAUCAGUGCUCGGAGUGUGGGAAGAGUUUUACUCGACCAGGUAAUCUCCAGCUACACAAACGCAUUCACACGGGGGAGAAGCCAUAUCACUGCAUACAGUGUGGAAGGAGUUUUACACAACAGACAAGCUUCCAACUUCACCAGCGCAUUCACACAGGAGAGAAACCAUUUUACUGCUCACAAUGUGAGAAGAGUUUUACUCGGCUGAGUACUCUUCAAAGACACCAGCUCGUUCACACGGGAGAGAAGCCGUAUCAGUGCUCGGAGUGCGGGAAGAGUUUUACGCAACAGGUGAAUCUCCAACUUCACCAGCGUCUUCACACGGGGGAAAAGCCGUGUCACUGCACACAGUGUGGGAAGAGUUUCACUCGGCUGAGUACUCUCCAAAGACACCAGCGUGUUCACACGGGAGAGAAGCUGUAUCACUGCUCGGAGUGCGGAAAGUGUUUCACGCAACAGGUCAAUCUCCGAUUACACCAGCGUGUCCACACAGGGGAGAAGCCUUUUCACUGCUCACAGUGCCAGAAGAGUUUUACUCACCUGAGUACUCUCCAACGACACCAGCGCAUUCACACAGGAGAGAAGCCGUAUCAGUGCUCACAGUGCGGGAAGAGUUUUUCUCACUUGAGUACACUCCAGAGACACCAGCUCAUCCACACAGGGGAAAAACCCUAUCAGUGCAUACAGUGUGGAAAAAGUUUUACUCAACUGAGCACUCUCCAAAAACAUCAGCACGUUCACACAAAAGAAAAACCAUACUACACCUCAUAGUGUGGGAAGACUUUUACACAAAAUCUGAAAAGGUUCAAACAUUUUUAUUCCUCGACAAACAUAUUUGUAUCUUCAAACGUAACAUUUUAUUUACAAUUCGGUAUGUGAAUCUCGUCGAUCAACAAUAGAUCACGGAUUAACAGGUAAUAAAUAAAUAAUAUAGGCACAAAAGCCAGGCAUUGCCUUAAGCAAGAUAACUGAGGAGACAAACAUGGUACUGUUGCCAAAGAAGACCAUGAGAGGAUCAGUGGUUCUUAUGGAUUUGACACAAACGGUGAAUUCUCUAAAAUGAGUCAUAAUUGAAGCCUGGGACAUCAGUGUCCUGCUAUUAAAAUGUCAAGAAUGAUCGCGUGAUUGUGUGUUUGGGGCAUCAAAACAUCCCAGUUUACAAUAACUCUGUCCAUGAACACAUAGAGCUGCACCUUUACCCAAUAAAACAGCUAUUUACCAAUACCUGAGUAAACACAAACAGGUUUUCAACCUAGACUUAUUUAUGCCUGAGUCCCAAACACUAAUUAAAAGACCAUUCCAUAGCAGGCAGGGCUUCAUAGCUCCUCCUGCUGUAGCUUUCAAUAUUAUUUGUACUCAUAAAGAACCUGUUCCUUUUCCUUGUAGCAGACAUUGUGGAUUAUAAUAGACCAAAAUUUUCCUUAGGUGCUGUGGGGCGAGAGUAGUGUUUUAUAAUCGGUGUGUGAGUCAAUAUAGUCUGGAUACACUAGGGGUGAUAUAAUCAAACUUUCUAAUUCAUACAGUACACUGACUGCUGCAUUAUGGACUAACUGAGCUUGUUUAUGGGUCUGAGAUUUCAUCCAGACAACAAGGUGUUAAAAUAGUCCAACCUAGAGGUUAUUAAAGCAUGAACUGUUUUUUUCUGCAUUGUGUAACAUUAUAUUUCUUUUCUGAGCAAUGUUUCCAAGAUGAAAAAAAUUCCCUGGAUACCUUAUUGUGCGCUUGCAUGCUGAGACCCAACAAAGUGGUGUAUUAGUCUUCGCAAUAAAUACAGCUGUCAUAUAACCACUUUUCCCUUUUAGUCUCUUCACCUUGUAAACUAUAUGAGGCUACACUAUAUGACCAACAGUUUGUGGACCCCUGACCAUCAGACUUGUAUGUGGUUCCUCCACAAUUGUAUAGAAUGUCCUUGUACAAUUUCCCUUCACUGGAACUAGGAGCACAAUGCGAGUUCCAUGAAGACAUGGUGUGUUAAGGUUAGAAGAAGGUGGAAGAAUUUGAGUGUCCUGCACAGAGCCCUGACCUCAACCACACUGAAUGCUUUUGGGAUGAACUGGAACACCGACUGCACCCCAGGCCUCCUCAAAAUCCUAACAUCCCAACUAAUGCAAUGCAAUCCCAACAAAUGCACUUGUAACUGAAUGAACACAAAUACCUUUCCAGAACCUUCAAAAUGACUGUCCUUCAGUGGUGUAAUUAACUUCCAACCUCAAUCCGGACAGCAGAAUCCAUCACUGUCUUCAGAAAAAAAAAGUGCUAAAAGGCCCACCUCUUCUGUGAACAUUCAACUUACCCCUAACUUGUCCUCUUGUCCCCCUUCUUAAUAAAAAAAAAUUGUAAAAGAAAAUAAAUCUGCACUUACACUGGCUCUUACACCUCUACUCUGUACACUUUGCCCCUCUAGAACUCAAUUAAAAACCGUGUAUGGUA